UGCGCAGGCACUGCUCUGGCAUGCUUUCUGCCAUGUAACCGACUUGCUUUCUGCCUAACUUCCUGCUGGCUGCAGUCGUAAAGUAAACAGCCGUGCAAUAAACACGUUGUGACGCGCUGGCUGGCUAAUUGGCAAUUUAUCCGCGUGCUGUGACUUCUCAAGUUCCCCGCUGUAAUUUGGCUCUUUAGCUGGAAUAAUCAACUCUCCCAGCUGGAUAAUUAUUUCCCCGUCUUGUGAUUUCUCCCUUGACUGCCUUUCCAUCCGAUUUUGAUUUUUGAACUGGAAUCGCGAUGGCAUCUGUCUGAUUGUGAUUUUAUUUUUAUUAUUGAAUUUUGGGAAGGUGAAGAUUUGCUUGGAGGAUUCUUAUUUGGAUUGGUCCAUUGGACUUUUUUGUUGGUUAUUGCGUUGCGCUGUUCCUGGUGAAAAUGGGGAUAUUAUUCGCGAAAUUGUGGAAUAUGUUCAGUGGAGAAGAGCAUAAAGUACUGAUUCUGGGGCUGGAUAAUGCGGGAAAAACGACCAUCCUGUAUCAGCUGACGAUGCGGGAGGUGGUGCACACCACGCCGACCAUCGGCAGUAACGUGGAGGAGCUCAAGUGGAAGAACAUGAAGUUCGUCAUGUGGGAUCUGGCCGGACAGGACAGUCUGCGGCCCAGCUGGACCUGCUACUACUCCGGUACACAGUUUAUUGUCUUGGUGGUGGACUGUAUGGAUCGCGAUCGCGUCCCGUUAGUGAAGGAGGAAUUAUACAAAAUUCUUGCGCACGAGGACUUGAGGAAAGCCAAUCUGCUGGUGUUUGCCAACAAGCAGGACCUGAAAGGCGCCAUGUCAGCCUCGGAACUGUCGAGUCUGCUCAAUCUGACCAGCAUCAAAACCCACCGCUGGCAGAUUCAGGCCUGCAGUGCACUAACCGGCGAAGGGCUUUUCAAAGGCUUGGAAUGGAUGGCCAACCACGUGACGCGGUGAAGAGUCCCACCGGAAGACAGCUGGGCCGUUUUGACCUGGAUUAGGCAGUAUUCAUUUUAAUGCAACGCGGUUGUCCUUGCAAAGAUUUUAAAACCCUCCUUCCGUCCUGUGAGAAGCCGAACGGACGCCUGGUUGUUUUGUUGGGAAUAAGCGAGUUCCUUUGUUGAUCUCAUCCCUGUUCGGGGAGAAAUUGUUUGCCGAUUGAUACCGUCAGAAACAAAACUAUUCGUCGCCAGACUGACCCCGGAAACUGGAUUGUUGCUGCAUUUGAUGUGAUGAUUGGAGAGGUUGUUGUCCAUUUUGAUUUUAGCGCGUGUAAUGCUCACUUAACAGGGAAAAUGUUGGAUUUGAUUUUAUCAUUUGUUUUUAGCAUGACUGAAAGUGUUUAAGUAAUAAAAGCUGGAAUGC